AGUUGCUUUCCUUUGGCAACGUCUGGUGGCAUUGCUUAUAGUCUUGUUGGUGUAUUUGCAUUUCUCAGGACCUUCACAGAACAUGCGCAUGUUCAUGUCAAGUGUAGUGCAAAGGAAAUAAUAUUUUGGCUUUCGGGGGCCUAAAAUUAGCUAAAAUGCAUAAGUUAAAGUUCUCACAAAGAGAUAAAGUAAAGAAAUUCAUUACAUUUACACAUACUGGAGAACAAACUGCAAUAUAUUGUUUAGCACAAAAUGAUUGGAAGCUAGACUUGGCAAGUGAUAAUUAUUUUCAAAAUCCUGAGGCAUAUUGUAAAGAACCAAAAAAUACAGUAGAUAAAAAGAAACUAGAAAUAUUAUUUAGUCGAUAUCAAGAUCCAAACGAGCCUGAUAAGAUUACAGCAGAUGGAAUAAUGAAAUUUUUGGAUGAUUUGGAUUUAAGCCCUGAAAGCAAAUUAGUAUUAAUAAUUGCAUGGAAAUUUAGAGCAGAAACACAAUGUGAAUUUACUAAAGAUGAAUUUAUGAAUGGAAUGACAGAUCUAGGUGUUGACAGUAUAGAUAAAUUAAAAGCUUGUUUAAGUAGUUUAGAAAAUGAAUUGAGAGAUCCUCAAAAAUUUAAAGACUUUUAUCAGUUUACAUUUAAUUAUGCAAAAAAUCCAGGACAAAAGGGUUUAGAUCUUGAUAUGGCUAUUGCUUAUUGGAACAUUGUAUUAGAUGAUAAAUUUAAGUUCCUGCCUUUAUGGUGCCAAUUUUUACAGGAACAUCAUAAGAGGUCAAUUCCAAAAGAUACAUGGAAUUUAUUAUUAGAUUUUGCACUUAUGAUCAACCCUGAUAUGAGUAAUUAUGAUGAAGAGGGAGCUUGGCCAGUACUGAUAGAUGAUUUUGUAGAAUGGGCACAGCCCCGAAUUCGUCAGUCCCUCUAACAUCUUUUUGUUACAUCUUUAACUUCAUAUAAAACAAAGCUUUAUUUAUUCAAUUAUAAAAUCGUAUAUUCUUCAAGUGAAACUUGAUCAUAUUUUUCUGAUAGAGCAUCAUUUUACUUUGUGUACAGAGUAUAUGAUGAUGAAGCAGGAGUAUUAUAAUUGUUAGGAUCAAUCUAAUGUAUAAUAAUUCUCUCUUUCUCUCUCUAUAAUGUAAACAAAUUUAUAUGUGUGUAUAUAUAUAUACAUAUGUAUAUAUAUAUAUAUAUGUAUACAUAUAUAAAAUUCGUAAAAAACAAAUUGAUUUCAUAAAUAAUUAGAAUUUCUGUAUCAUUUAAUUCCAAAAUUACAAAACUAUUAAAAUUUUACAUAAGAAUCCCAUUAUUAUACAUCUGUCUGUACAAAGUAAUAUGAUGUAUAAUCAGUUUGUUCAAAAAAAUAAUAACAGUGAAAAAUGCUCAAUUAUCGACUGUAUUUGCAAAAUCUGAAGAAAUCGCUGACUGUGUUCCUUUGCACGAAUUUGGCUUCAAAAGGAGAAAUCAUAAGAAAGAUUCAUUUAUAUCAUUUUGUAGAUAGUAAUUUCUAGAAAUUGCGUUGUUAAAAAUUGUUAUUAAAUAAAUUUUACGACACUCUACAGAACACUUGUAAUAUACAUACAAAAAAAAAAAAAAGAAAACACAGAGAGAAAAAUCUGUAUUUUAAACAAAACGUUAUUUCGGCACUGGUAUACUUAUCUUUUUUACUAUCACCAAUUUAAAUGGUGACAGAAAAAGAUUUGUUUCUGUUUUAUUAGUGAAGAAUAAUAUUUAUAUUGUAAUUCUGAGAUAUAAUAGCUGUUAGGGAAAAUAAAUUAAGAAUUUUUUACAAGUUUAAAUUAUGGGUUUCAUUUACAAUUAUUGCAGAUUGAAUAUAUUUUUUUAUAAUAUCAUAAAAAUAAUGGAUAUAAAUAUUUAUUGGUUUCAAAAUUUACAUAAAUCAAAUGUUAUCAAAUUGUUAAGAAAGCAAACAACUGAUGAAUCCUCAUAACAAAUUUUUUGUUUAUACUACAAAGUGUUGUAGUUAUUAAUAACAUUUUAAGUUUUAUGUUUUCUUUCUACUUCACAAUGCAAUGUGUGUGAUUAAUGCUUUUGUAGCUUAGCAAAGUACACAAAUUUUCAAAACUACUAAUCAUUUUAAUUUAUAUAUAAUGCAAAAAGAUUACAGAAACAUAAUGUAAAGAAAUAUAUAUCUCUGCAACUUCAUGGUUAACAAUUAAGAAAUCAGAACAUUAUAUCUGUUUAGGUAUACUAACAUUGAAAGGUGCAAAGUAGAGAAUUAGCAAUAUAAAAAAUAUGUCGUCCAGAAAUUUUGGAUUAUAUUUUAUAAGAAUGUUAAACAGUUAAAAUGAAGGUUCUGAUAUAUGCAUUCAUUAUAAAAGGAAGAGUCCAGUAAAAUGUUGUCAAAAGUAUGUUUGUGCAAUGCAAAAAGAAAAAAUCACAAUGUAUAUUACAUUCAUUUAAAUGAUAUUAAGGAAAAUACGAUUUUCAGAUUUAAACUACGUUAUUUUUUUAAUAUUUUAUGCAUUGCGCGAACACUAAAAGAUUGUAAUAGUUUUAGGAAAAAAUUGUACAUAAUGUAAAUAAAUCUGUCAGUCUUAAUCUA